AUGUCUGAGAAGCAGACCGCCCCGGAAUCCGGGGUUGCUCCAACUACCGUGGCCCAUCUCCACGCUACCGACGAUGUGAACCGCGUCGAGGCUCCCGUCACGUGGAAAGCCUAUCUGAUGUGCGCUUUUGCUGCCUUUGGUGGUAUCUUUUUCGGCUACGACUCCGGCUACAUCAAUGGUGUCCUCGGAUCAGACGUCUUCAUCCGCCAGGUUGAGGGCCCCGGCCACGAUGCCGUGACUUCUAGCCAUAACUCCCUGAUCGUCUCGAUCCUGUCUGCCGGAACCUUCUUCGGUGCCCUUAUCGCCGGCGAUGUCUCUGACUGGAUCGGCCGUAAGUGGACCGUCAUCAUAGGCUGUGUUAUCUAUGCUGUUGGUGUCGUCAUCCAGAUGCUCACUGGUGUUUCUGGUACUGAUACACUGGGUGAUAUUGUUGCUGGUCGUCUUGUCGCUGGUUUUGGUGUCGGUUUCGAGUCGGCCAUUGUUAUCCUAUAUAUGAGCGAAAUUUGCCCUCGCAAGGUCCGUGGUGCCCUAGUUGCUGGCUACCAAUUCUGUAUUACGAUAGGAAUCAUGAUGGCCUCCUGCAUUGUCUAUGGCACUGAAGACCGUACCGACGAGAGCUCCUACCGUAUCCCAAUCAGCCUUCAGUUUAUCUGGGCUGCCAUCCUCGGCGGUGGCCUUGUUUUUCUUCCUGAUUCUCCCCGAUACUUUGUCAAGCGUGGUAGACUUGAGAAGGCCGCCAAUUCCUUAUCCCGUCUACGUGGACAGCCCCGUGAUUCCGAGUAUAUCCAGGUUGAACUUGCCGAGAUUGUUGCUAAUGAGGAAUAUGAACGUCAGCUUAUUCCUAAUACCACCUGGUUUGGCUCGUGGGCCAAUUGCUUCAAGGGUAGCAUAUGGCAUGGAAAGUCUAAUCUACGUCGUACCAUCCUCGGUACAUCUCUUCAGAUGAUGCAGCAGUGGACUGGUAUUAAUUUCAUCUUUUACUACUCAACCCCGUUUCUACAGUCUACAGGCGCAAUUAGCAACUCCUUCCUUAUGUCACUAAUCUUUACUCUUGUAAAUGUCUUCUCCACCCCACUUUCCUUCUGGACCGUGGAGCGCUUCGGCCGGCGCUUUAUUCUCAUCUGGGGCGCCCUUGGCAUGCUUACAUGUCAAUUCCUCGUCGCCAUCAUUGGUGUAACAGUCGGCUUCAACCAUACCCAUCCAGAUCCUAAUAACCCUGACGAUACUCUGGCCAACAAUACAGCGGCUGUUAACGCACAGGUCGCCUUCAUCGCGAUCUUUAUCUUCUUCUUCGCCUCAACUUGGGCUGUUAUUACCCCCUACAUGGUGGGUGAAGACCGAGGCAACCUGAAGUCCAAUGUCUUCUGGAUUUGGGGUGGUCUCUGCACGUCGGCCCUGGUCUACACGUACUUCAUUGUUCCUGAGACCAAGGGCCUUACCCUCGAGCAGGUCGACAAGAUGUUGGAGGAGACUACUCCUCGCACUUCCGCCAAGUGGAGACCGACCACCACAUUCGCCGCCAGCUACCCCGCGGCUCUGGAGAAUAAGAACAUUGUCGACGUCGAGCAUCGUGUCUAA